GUGCAAAGGGAAUGUGUUGACGUUGCCACAUCAAUGCAAAUCAGCUGUAAUCCACUCACAAACCUGCAACUUAAUGUGAAUGGUAAAUGCUUCUUCAUCUUUACUUUAUUUAAUGUUCAGCGGCAUGCACAUUUAAAAACUUGUUAAAUUACAUAAAAAUAAGAGAAAAUUGCAAUUACAAUAAUGGCGCUGCGAUUUUUCGGCGCAGCAUUGAUGCCACACAUACGCCAUCUGCAGCAACACACAACAGGGCGCUCCCUGCAUGCAAAUGGAAUACUUGGUCUCCAAACUCAAAUUACGAACCGGUGCUGGAAACAAAGUCGCCUGCUGCACGUGCGUAUUACGGAUCAGGAAGCUGGGCUGCAAACAAAACGUGAAUCAAAUCGAUCUGCAAACCCUUUUCAAGACAGAACACUGGAAGAACAGCCAUCAGAAGUGCCUAGACAACGAAUGCGUAGCAAAAUUCAAAGAACCGAGCAACUGUCAAGAGUGGAUGAAGUGAUUACUACAAAAGAAACAGUUACCGACUUUGGUGAUCCGGAUACCUUUGGCGAUGCCAAGUUCAGUGACACCCAGACACAAGAUGCCGGUGACGUGCAGGAGGAGGAAUUUAUAAGCAGGCCUUCGCGACACUCGAGAAAACUACGAACCAAAGAGUAUGCAAGUCUGAUAAAGGAACAUCUGAAUGCACGUCGCAUCAAUGAGGCCAUUGCCGUGCUGGAGGUGCGCAUGUUGCGUGAGGAUCGUGUCAAGCCGGAGAACUAUAUAUACAAUUUAUUGAUCAGCGGCUGCGCCAAGGCGGGUUACACACGCAAAGCAUUUACUCUCUACACCAAGAUGCGUCAACGUGGCCUCAAGGUGACCGGUGGCACCUACACCUCCCUGUUCAAUGCGUGUGCCAAUGCGCCCACCCAGCUGGAUGGACUGGCCAAGGCCCGUCAACUGCGGGAGAAUAUGCUGGAGAAGGGCUACGAGCCGAAUGUGAAGAACUACAAUGCAAUGAUCAAGGCAUACGGUCGCUGUGGCGACAUCCAAACUGCCUACAUGUUGGCCGAUGAGCUGUUAGAGCGUCAGCUGCCUCUGAAUGCGGACAGCUUCAAUUUUCUGCUGCAAGCCUGUGCAAGUGAUGAGCAGCAAGGAUUUCGACACGCUCUUUUGACCUGGCACAAAAUGCUGAAGCGCGGCAUAAGUCCAGACUUUUACAGCUUUAAUGCCAUGCUGCGCUGCGUGCGAGAUUGCGGCUUUGGUGAUCUGCAAGACAUGCAACUGGUGCUGGAACAGAUAGCGCCAGAUGCUGUGUCAACUAAACCAGAGCAACUGACAGCAACAACAAUUCCUACUGAUAGUUUACCCACCACUGGGAAUAGUUCUGCCCAGCUGGAACUGGCUAAUUCACCUUCCGAUCAAUUGGAGCUACCUAAUCUGCUGCUGCCACGCCCCCAACUGGGCAGUUUGGUUGCCUUAACUGAAGUGACACGGGCUCAUGAGCGUUUCCUAUUGCUGGGCGGCAUUACGGGUUAUCUGGAGCUGAUGAAACUACACAAAGUGACGCCCAACAUUGAGUGUUUCACCACCAUUCUGGAGGUGAUACCCCCAACCAAUGCGGCGGAGAAGCAGCUGUUGAGCUUUGUGCGCAAAAUUGGACUCAAGGCGGACAUUGAUUUCUUCAAUAUACUCAUCAAGAAGCGCUCGAUGCGCUUCGAUUAUGAGAGCGCACGCGAGGUCCUCUCAAUGAUACGCACAGCUGGCCUGCAGCCGGAUAUUGUAACGUAUGGGGUUCUGGCGUUGGGCUGUCGCAGCCAGGAUCAGGCGCGCGAGCUGCUGCAGCAGAUGCAGGCGGCAGGCAUACGUAUGAAUAUGCCCAUAUUGGGCGCCAUGUUGCGCCAGGGAUGUGCCCAGAAAUCAUUUGCAUACAUCAAUGAGAUCAUGCAACUCAGUCUGGAGGAGAGCAUUCAACCGAAUGAAGCCUUUUUGCGGCAUCUCCACAACUUUCACAGAGGUUGUGCCAGAGCCAUUGAUGCCAGGCAUCCCUCAACCAAGACCGAAGCUUUUAAAAAAGGCCACUCGAAAUUCUGUGAUAAAUAUCGCCUGUUUUACGAGGAGCACGGCCUGUCGGGCUUGAAGCUGGAAGAUGCCGUUGCCAAGCUGAAGCAACGUCCUUAUGCACAGUUCAAGGAAUCACCGGUAACCGGGCUAGAGACUGCAAAGCACGAGCAAGUGAAGCGCAAAACAAAAAUACGCAAAUAUAUAAAGAAAAUCAAAAUCGAUGAGCUGCAGGACGAUCCGCACUUGUCAGAGCCAGUAAAAAGAAUAGAAUAGUCAUUAAAUGUAAUUUUGAACUUUGUUUAUUAAAGUAUUCGUUAUAUUUUGA